AUGGCGUUUGUCACUCCCUUUUCCUACAGAACCACUCAGAAGUGCCCAAUCGACCAGAACCCGCUGACGCGAGAGCAGGUCUCGCUGGACAAGGCCUUCCAGAAGCGCAUCGACUCGCUGGGGGUCCGCUGUUCGCUGCAGUCCAGUGGUUGUCACUGGACGGGCGUACUGUCUGAGUUGGUGGUGCACUUGGAGGACUGCGAAUACCGGAUCCUGCAAUGCCCGAACGGUUGUGGCGUGAAAUUCGAGGUGAGAAGAAGGCGAAAUCCGAUUUUGAGUAGACCGUCUCGGAAGGGUUUGAGUGCGGAUUGGAAGAGACCAAGAGGCUAA